UUCAAUAAUCAUCUUUCACUCUACCCAGACACUGCACUUCAUAGACAUAAUUUAACAAACAUUUCCUUUGCAUUCCUAUAAUUUGGUUUUAAAUCUGCACAAACAGAAUUAUAAAAUUUACUUUCAAAUGAGGUAAUUGUUAAAUUUUUGAUACCCAUUGUAACUGCUAACAGAAAUGGCCAGAUUGACCUCAACUUUCACUCUGUGGCCUCAUAGAAAUUUACUGCAAUUUCAGCAGCAGCUCUCAGUUUUUGCUCAUCAGCAAACCUUAUUGAGGAAUAGAAACUUUCACAACUGCCUUAGGAGUGCCUCAUUUCCCUGUAAACCCAACUCUUUCAACAGCCAUAAUAUUUUAAAUGAUGGUAGUUCUUUUUCUAGUCCCUUCAAUCAAGUGCGCAAGUUGAAAGUAGAUCGUUAUGACCAUGUACCAGAGGAUGAAGAAAAGCAUUGCUGGGAUGGUAUCUAUGCUGAACAAAUAUCAGAUUUUGUUAUACCAAAGCAAGGGGGUGGAAUUAUCCUUGAUCUCACUUUCGGAUCUGGCAAACACACCGAGAAAAUUCUAAGUGCUGAUCCUAAUGUUCGGGUAAUUGCCAUAGACCGGGAUCCUCAAUGUGAGGAAGAUGCAGCAAGACUCAAAACUAAGUUUCCUAGAAGGCUCUGUUUCCUCAACAUCAAGUUCAGUGACACAGUGGAGGCACUAUACAACAUUGGUGUCAACGCAGGAACAUUAUCAGGUGCGGUGCUGGAUGCUGGCUUAUCACACGCACAGCUCACGGUGCCUGGAAGAGGUGGCUUCUUCAACAGCACUACUGAACCUCUUGACUUCAGAAUGUCUGGUCGUCACAGCCAGGAGCCAUCUGCCAAGGACAUUCUCAAUCACAUAGACGAAGACUCCUUGUACCAGGUCAUUAAAAUCUAUGGGCAAAACAAGAAGGCAAGAAAAAUCUCACAGGCCAUCAUCCAAGCAAGGUAUGACCUGCAGGACAUAAAAACUCCCGGGGACCUCAACUUGUUGAUCAAAAUACUCGAGGGUUUUGACGACGAGACUCCGACCCCUGUGGAAGACCAACAGCAACAGGAGGUCUUGGAGGAGAGUUUACACGACGGCACCACGUCUGUAGCAGGAUUCCACUCCUCUGCUGCCAGCACCAUCAGGGCUCUAAGAAUAUUAGUAAACAACGAAGUGAAUGAGUUGGACUGCGCCAUAAAAUGCGUGCAUCGUUUGCUGCUGCCAGACGCACCUUUUGCUGUCGUCACUUACAACGUCUUAGAAGACACUAUCGUCAAGAGGCAUUUUGCAGGAGUGGACGUGGACGCAAGUGUGAGCACGAUAGGCUGUCCUCAGCAUCGCUACGCAAAGACUCUCGGUUUCGCUGAUCCAAGAGAAUGCAAACCAUGGACGCCGCAGUUCAAACUCGUGCCGUCCUACCAGAUGACGCAGAACUUCUCCCACUGGAAACAUGCCAAGCUCAGGACUGCCACCAAGAAUGGAGGUGUAGCGUACGAGCAAGUCCUAGAGGGUGUAUGAGCUUCAGGUUGUUAAAUAUUAAUUUCAAGUUCAUGACGUACAUAUAAACGGGAAAUUUCUACUAAACAGGAUUUGUUUAUAAACAUGAGUUGUAACUCACUUCAUUAUUUCAGAGCGUUAUCAAUUGAUGAAGUGCGAGACUAAUGCGUGGUGCUUCUUCACAAAUAUUCGGGCCUAAGCCUUAUGGUUGGGCAUGGUUAGGGGGUUGCGACCAGUUGAAUUGACAUUGAUUACUGAAGUCGAGUAGUGAAAAAUUCAACAUAAAAUAAAGAACGGCACAAUACACGUUUCCGAAUCGAUCUUAUAAUAUGGCUGCUUGCUUCAGUUCGAAGAUCUUUGUUUGCACGUUGAAGACUCCGUAAUUAGAAAAACUAUUGCAUUUAUUGCCGUAAAAUCUAUCCGCACUGCAUAUUGUAAAUAUCUACAUCAAUGAAUAAAAUUGAGAUUUACUACCACUGAUUUGUCACUUACACCAUCACCUCGUUACCGUAUAUCAUAACAUUCUUUGGCACGCAAAGAGACGAACUGAGGAUAAAACAAAGUUGAGGACAAAGAUAUCAGAGUCAGAGUGUAAUAGCAGCAGCUUUGGAUUUAACCUCGAUGAACAUACUAGUUUUCCUCUUCUUUCUCUUAGGCUCAUCUGUACUCAUGUUACGUUUAAUUUCCUCCAUUUUCUCUUCAUCUUGUUCUGCAAUAUAGCCUUGAUCUCUAACUUGGUCGCCAAUUUGAAGGUCUCUUACUAUCCGCUCCUCAGGCAUGAGGAAAUUACCCAUCCCGGCUGCCCUGUCAGCCUCGUCCUGCGUGUGAGGCUCCAGUUGUAGCUCACGUACACGCUUCUUGUGCUUCCUUGUGCGUAGGUGUAGCUCGAGCGUUUCUAUGUUGAUGAAGUAGAUCCUGCCAGACGGGGAUAUCAUUCAAAUUUUAUGUCCUCAAAAUGAGAAUUACCUAUCUGAUGUUUCUGAUGUGCAUUUAU